CCACUCACUCACUCACUCACUCACUCAUAUAUUCCCCCGUCUCUCUUCCCUUCCCUUCGCCUUUACAUUACAUCUCUCUCUUUUUCUCUUUACACUCCUCUCCCUCUGGUUUUUGUGUUAGGUAAUGUAGAUUGUGUGUGUCAGAAACUGAAUUCUUCUUUUGUCUUUCCCAGAUCUCUCUCUCUCUCUCUUUCUCUCUUUGUAGUUUGUAGUUUGCAGAACACAACAGGUCCCCCUUUUCUAAUUUGUGUCAGAAAACCAAAUCUUUCUGUCAGAAACCAUUCUUUCCUCGUCUCUCUUGAUCCCAUCGUCCUUAAAUUUCCAUACCCACAACACACUUUCUAUAUAACCCACAUCCUCAUCCCUCCCCUCAAAAACAAAAAGAAACUAAAAUUUUCACCUAAAAUUGUCUCCAUGAAUUCAUAUUCUCCAAGCAGUACAUUAAAAUCUAGGUUCACUAGAAGGUUCCUUCGAGCUCUGAUGAAGAUAAAUAGUGGACAACAAACUGCUUCUCCUCGCGACGUCCAUCGAAGAUAUCGGAGGGUCAGGAUUGCAGCUGAUAAAUCCUUGGCUUUGGCUGUUGGGUCAAGGAGAUCAUGGAGUAGGGCAUUGCUUUGCAAGAUCAGAACCCAAAAACGACGUCACCGGCGGCGCUGUGCUUCAACCAGAAGGAUUAGUAGUACUACUAGUACCCAAAGAGAGAAGUGUUUGGGUUUGAAAGGGAAAUCAAGAGAGUUGCAAAAGCUGGUGCCAGGAAGUGAAGGUAUGGAUUUGUGUAGUUUGUUGGAUGAGACUGCUCACUACAUCAAGUGCCUUGCCACACAAGUACAGGCCAUGAGAUGUAUUGCUCAUUCUUGUAACUCUCCUUAAUCGACCGAGCAGUCUUGCAUAACUCAGUUUUUAGUUUAUCUCAGAUAUGAGAUAUUCCAAAUGUUAAGACGAACGUACACGAUUUCAUAUACAUCACGUGCGUGCAUAUUAAUAUUUGGGAUAGUUGAGACAAAAAAUAUCGAGAUCUUUAGUAUUUUUGUAAUUGACUUGUACCUAGCUACUAUUACAUACACCUACUAUUACAUAUACAUACAUAUAUAUAUAUAUGGUAUGGCGAGAUGUGUAGUUAAUUUGUAUUUUGUGUAUGAAAAUAAAGUGAGUUUUUGCAAUUCAA